ACAGCGGGGCCACUACGCAGCCAGACUGCGGACCGUCAGGAUUCAGGUCCAAGUUUUCGCGCCGAGCUUCGACCGCGCAACGUGCACACCACGCUGCCACCGACACGAGGGCAGAGGGGAUCCUAUUGUCCAGCCAUCGAUCGUUCGACCAAUAAUCCAUCGAUUAUCGCCGCAUUCACCGGAUCACCGAUCGAUGAUUCAAGGAUCCGUGGAUCGAGAGUCCAGCAUUCGAAUCGUGCGAGAGUGAGAAACGACGCGAAGGGAUCUCGCUGGUCGGGAUAACGGGAUGUAAAGUAGAGAGGAAUAAGUAAAAAGUGAAGCAAGUUGAACAACGAGUGAAACGCGACGACGGUGAUUCGGCAAGUGUGUGAGUUCGAGAGUGAUCAGGGAAUCAGAGCGUAGAGGUGCGUGCGCCAGUCGGCACGUGGACGCACCAAAGAAACACGUUAUAUAUGUAUAUACAUAUACAUAUAUACAUACACGCAUAUACAUAUAUAUGUGUAUAUACAUAUACAGAGACACGCAUUCCUGACUGUUGGUCGUUCGAUCAACACGGUAAUAGUGAAGCGACGAAACAACAACGGCUGUGACGCGUCCAGUGGAAUAAGUGUCCAUUGUCCGACCGCUACGUGCAUAGACUACUUGUGUGCGUCCGGAUCGAUUGACCCGGACGGGGUUCAACCGGCGAACAGUUCGACUCAUUCCACUGGCUUAUUUCGGUGGUGGACUUCGGCGAGUGAGUUACGAGGGGCCAAGGGUUCACGUGUACGCUACGAAGACUGUCGAAAAUAUAUUAUCGCGAGGGCCACGUGCGGGAGGCACUAAACGUGGCAGGUGCUACGGACAGGUGGUGGCCGAGUUAAUUGCACGGCAAUAAACGUAGACAUUCUGCGAAAGAUUGAUCAACGGCCUCUAUCUACCUAUCUCUUUGCAUGUGUACAUGGUGCGUACGUGUACGGUGUGCUCUGGCCAAUCGCAAAACGGAGAACGUGCUCGGUAUCAUCCACGUCGGUUUCUAACGACUCCUAGCCGUUUCUUCGCGAUAAAAGUGACCACGAUACUACAAGGACUUUUCCGGACUUCUAACAAACUUCUAAUUAUCUGCCGCGGGUAAUUGCGACACGCACGUGACCGUCGUUUCUCUCCCCCCCCCCCCCCCCCCCCUCCGUGUUCCCCGGCGUGGAAUCGCGCGCGAUAACCACGCUCGACGCGCACAUCGCCUGACAAAUAGAAUAAUUAAAAUCGCAUUAAAGGAACGCUCGUGUUCGCGCGCUUUACACACCGACGUUCUCCAACGAAUCGUUAUCUCCGACGAAACUCGAAAUCGCUGAACUCACGUUGCCGGAUAUCUCACGGAUUUUAUAAAAUUGUUUCAGUGGCAGUUAUCACGGAUAUCACUGCGUAUACGACGAUAUAAAACGAUGAGCUUUUUUUUUCAAUCUUGAGUUAAUAAGAAGAAGAAGACGAAGAAGAAGAAGAAGAAGAAGGUGUAUAAUAUACCAGUUUCUAGAAUUGGAAUUCCUUCCGGGUGGCAGGGACGAUCGAAGAAGCUAGAGAAGGAAUCGAGCGACGACGCAUAUUAUCGGGAUCGCGGGCAAUUAACUGUUUGCUUCUUAAUCGCUCCUAAUUACUCACAAUUACCCGGCGUAAUUAAGUAGGCUGAUGUCACCGGCGGUCGAUGUAUUUGUGAAUCGUUUGUCCGUCGACGUCGGUCCACCGUCGCCAUCCGGGCUGUUGCCUGUUGUCGUCGUCGCUGCUCGUUGGAAAAUUACCGGGGGAUCGUGAAAAAAAAGGGAAGGAGGAGAGGAAGGGGACAGAGGUGAGCACGGUGAAAGAUCGGGCGGUGAAGGACCGCGGUCGAAUCGUUCGUGUUUUGGAUCGUGGAGAGGAAAAAGAAGAAAAAAAAAAGAAAAAGAAGAAGAAGAAGAAAAGGGGGACGAUCAUCCGAAGGGGAGGAUCGAUCGAGAAAGGGAGACAGAGGUCGGGAUAGGACGGAAGAUACCCGGAUUCGUUCGAGCAGGUGGCAUCGAGGUGAAUAAAUAUAGCAAGAAGUCGAGAGUACCCGCGUCAGGACGACGUCCCACGUACAACAAUCACAGGUCGCUUCAGAUUACGAGUCCCCGGGAUGCAAGGCUGACAUGGCAGAGGGUUCGGCCGAGGAGGAACAGAGCAGUACCGCUGCGCCCGCUUCCCCGCCAGCUGAUCUUCGCACUCUGAACACCCAAUUGUCGCCGCCUUAUCACCACCAGUCCCAUCUCCAACCUCGUCUUCAGCAUCUGCAGCAUCCCAACAUGUUGGCGACCGCCGUGCCGCCCAGGCACAGCCACAGUAUGCUGUCUCAUCAGGUGAAAACGGAAGCCGAGUUGGACGCGCCCUGUGAUGUGCCAUUGAAUCUCAAGAGCGAGCGUUGGUGGGCGGAUUUACGAGCACGACCGGCGUCGGCAUCAUCCACCGAUAGCGAUAGAAGUAGCGUUGGCAGUCCUGAACCGGUGGCGGCCACUGGCUCGCUCCAUGAGCAUCAGAUGAUGAUGGAUGAAAUGAAAAACUCGCGGAAGAAUAGUCCGUCACCUGAAAAUCUCCAUCAAGCGAAACGGGCAGCGGUGGCGCAAGCACAUCUCAAUGGGACGAUGGCAGGAAUGGUGACCCUACAGAAUCUUCAGAAUUUGGCGAGUCUACAAAAUCUACCGCAAGUCGCAUCGUUGGCCGCAGGUCUCCAGGGAAUGACAGCGGGAUUGACUAACAAUCAGCUCAUCAACACACCCCUGAAUCUCACUGUCAGCUCCUCGGCGAAUGAAUUUUCAUGUUCAGGUGGCACGGUACCAACAGCCUCGAACACGACAGCUGCCCCUCACCUCCUGCCGCCGAGCUCGACGCCAAUGGCGACAUUACCUCAGCUAUUAUCUCAGCCGCAACCGGUCGCGAUGCCUCAAUUCAUCCUAACGUCCGGUCAAUUGGUUCAAGGCAUUCAAGGAGCUCAGCUCCUUAUCCCUACGUCGCAAGGAAUAGCCACCCAAACUAUUCUCACCAUCCCCGUCAGCCACGUCACGAACAAUCAAAUGGUGAACUUGGCGCUCAGCAACGGGCAAGUGGUGUCUACGACCUUGGCGAACCUUCAGUCGAUCGCUCAACCGCAGAACAUGCUGAACACGCCGACUAGCAAUGGUGAAUUUACAGUCCCAACAAGUCCGAGUUUAGCAUCCGGAUUAGGGUUAAAUCCGGCCGCCUUACCGCACCUUCUGAGCAACAGCUCGGCCAGCCAGCAACUUCUGAGCGCGAUGCAGCCUCAGCAACUGCUCCAGGCCGCGCAGGCGGCUCAGGCUCAAGCGGCACAAGCGGUCCAAGCUGCACAGGCCUCUCAACAACCGCUUCUGACCACCUCGCCCCAGCAGCACGGUCAUCGACACACCUCUCACAUGAAUCAUUACACGCCGACGGAGAAACAUCACAGAGAGAGGCCCGAGCAAUCGUCGCCUUUGAACGAGUCCGUGGUAUCCGCAGCCUCGGCCCUGAACAGACUGGCGGCCAGCAACGGGGAAAUAACGAUCACGACCACGCAUGGACCCAGUGGAGCCGGGGUGAAGGCGAGUGUCACGCCGAGCAGCAUGCACAAUCCUAAGAAGGAGGAGGAGGAUCUCAAUGAUUCACCUAAUCAACCGACGAUCAAUGAGGCCACGAACAACGUAGUCGACGGGAUAAAUCUGGACGAGAUCAAGGAGUUCGCUAAGGUGUUCAAGUUUCGCAGAUUGUCGCUGGGUCUGACGCAGACCCAGGUGGGACAGGCCCUGAGCGUGACAGAGGGGCCAGCUUACAGCCAAAGUGCCAUAUGCAGUGCCCUGGCUACCCAGAUGUACGCUGCCUCGCAGAUUGCCUCUCAGCAGCAAGCUACAUUCGAAAAAUUGGACAUCACGCCAAAAAGUGCGCAAAAGAUUAAACCGGUCCUCGAAAGGUGGAUGAAAGAGGCUGAAGAAAGUGUGUUUGGUUACAGGCACAAGAGCGGGCUACAUCAGCUGACGGAUUUUAUCGGGGUGGAAACGAACAAGAAACGAAAGCGACGAACUUCGUUCACCCCCCAGGCUUUGGAAUUGUUAAACGCUCACUUCGACAGAAAUACUCAUCCUAAUGGUAACGAAAUCACGAAUUUGGCGCAACGCCUCGGAUACGACAGAGAAGUGAUCAGGAUUUGGUUCUGUAACAAGAGGCAAUCCUUGAAAAACGCGGUGAGACUGAUGUCGAAGGACGUUGUGUAAAAGUGCUAGGACAAGAUUGGUCGCGAAUGGAACCAGUGAGCAAAUAUAAUUAAAAAAAAAAAGAAUGAAUGAAAAUAAGAAGCUUUAAGGAACUCGAAUUUUACGUUGCACGAGUUGAAUUCGUCGAGAUUCGAAUAGCGUUUCAUUCAUCGAUCGAUCACUUCGACGAGACCAGGGACGGAUCGAUGAAUAAUCGCGUGAACAGGAAUUUCAAACAACGGGGGAGACAAAGGGAAAAAAGAAGUAAAAUCUCGGCGUCGCGUUAAUAAAAUAAUUCGGAGAAAUUAGCGCGUUCCGAAGGAAUCGCUUUAAAAAGUCAUGCACGAUACCCGUCGAGCCAUGAAUUUUUAAAGACGCGCUCUCGACGAUCGAUGUAAAGAUCAUCAUUGUGAUUGCAGGCGUAUACGAGACCUAUUCUGUAAAUAGUUUUAACCUACGGUUAAUGUGAUGUACAGGAGUCGAGCGUUUGUAACGUUGAUAAUUGCCUUAAGCCGCCAUCGUCUUAUCCGAUAUUUCGUUAAACGAAGAAAAAAAAAAAAAAAAAAAAAGAAAAGUAUGGAAUCGAUUAAGAAAUUAAGAAAAAAAAUUUUAUCGACCAUGAACCAAGUCAGUGCGAUUUUCCUAUUGGCAGCCGGUAAGAAAGCGACUGACGAUAAUGUAUAUUCCUAUGGGUGAUACACGAAAUAUUAUCGAUUAAUGAUAAAACAGGAAACCUUUUAAAUUUUAAAAAGAUUGAUAAAUUUUAAAUUCUUCGGGGAAGAAUUCGCGAAUUAAAAAAAAAAAAAAAUCUCGUGUAUCAUUCGUAAUCAAGGGACGGAACACGAUAAGACGUAAAUCAAAUACAACAAUUAUCAAGUCGCGUCUCGGCUCGUGAAACUAGGAUAAGUAAUUCCGUUAAGUAAUCGCACAGAUAACGCUAGUUCGUGAAACGAUCGAGAAGCUUCCAGCUACUGAGAAUCGUCUGUCAUUAUGAAAUCAACAGACGAAGCACAAAAAUGGUGGAUCGUACGGAAAAUAUGAUCGAACUUUUGAAAUGGUUGGAAUGGUAUUUUUCGUACGAGAUCCCAUCGAGAACCAUGAGAUCGAGGAACGGACCGGUGUGUUCGGUUCCUUUCGCACACAGGAAAGAACAUAGUUGAAGCAACGAGAACAGCAAACAGUAACAAUAUACCGAUAACGAACAAUAACAAUAAACAGCAACAACAGUACCGUCACGUUCACAUAUGCCAUACACAGCGGGAUACAAUUCAGUUGUUCACACAGGAAAUAGAAACGGAAAAGUUUUGACAGUACCGCCGCUAUCGUUUAUGACGAUCCAUCAUCCAACUCUUUUUAUUUUCAUUCUUACCGGUGAAACAACCACUUGUUUACAGGCUUCGUUAGGGAAAAAGGGAAACAAAAAAAAAAAAAAAAGAAAGAAAAGAAAGAUGUUUCAACCAUAUUGUUCUCUGGGUGUGCUCGUCUGUAUAAAUUAUACGCGUGUAUUUUAGAUAAAAAAGAAAAAAAAAAAAAUUGAUCGAAAGGGAAAAGCAAAAAGUCACGAGGGAAACGAGGAUAGAGAAAACAGAGGGAGAAAAAAAAUAUAUAUACGAAAGAAAAAUGAAAAAGAAGAAACUUUGUAGCGAGUAAAUUAAUGCAAUAAUAACGUCUUUUUGAAAGUAUAUUAUCGAUCGAUCAUAAGGAUCCUCCUAAUACCCUUUUAAAAUUCUAUUCGAACCGGAAACGAGAAAAGGGACGUUUGAAAGUGGUUUGACGUUUUUCCCCCGCAGAGAUAAACAUGGAAGAAAAAAAGUUACUAGUCCGUAAUAAUCUGCCAUAUAACGAGGUAUACGUAUUAAACAUUUACGCAUCUUUCGUUCCUAAAUGUUCGAUCUGCUUGGCCGCUGGUGAUUGUAUCGAUAUAUUUAUAUUUGCUACGCGUCCCGUCUAUUUCAGUCCAGGGAAAUAUGCAAUCGAAUUAUCCACCUCGAAAUAAGAAAAAUAUAAUAAAAAAGGAUCGAAUAAAUUCAAUUCUUCCUUUGACUGGAAAGAAAAAAAAAAAGAAAGAAAGAAAAGAAACUGAAUCUUUGCUUCUAGUUAAAGUAAAAAUUGAAAACGAAUCGCUGACAGUUUCAGAAAAGAUUCAGAAUCAUCUUUUUCUAAUUCUCGCGAAAAAUCGAUAGACUGUUGGAAGAACGAAUCAUCGUGAAAGUCACGGCGAUCAAUAUCAGGCGUUCAUUGGAUUCUCAAGAGCCGUACGAGUGAUUCGUAUAAAAGAUAAUCUUGCGGUAAAAUUUGUGCGAAGCCGACCGAAAUAGUUAUCACCGACAUAAAUUCCAUGAAAUAAACGUUAGCUGGGUAUAUACACUGUAUACAUAUAUAUACAUAUGAAUGUACGUAUUAUAUACGUGUGUAUAACACAGCCACGAGCGGGCAACGUGCACUCUAUAACGAUACUAAUUCGAUUGCAAAUUCACCACUCGAGGACACUGAUAAAUGCGUGCUAGUGAAUCACGCGUUCCAUAACCGUCAUUGGCGGGGAUUAAUUUCACUUCCGGUUACGCGAUUCAGGCCGCCAUUUGAAACGCGUCGUUAUUUCACAAGAUGGCGGUGUUCCCCGACCGAGACGGGACGCGGUACGACCAGGGACAGGUUUUUCCAAUUUCCACGGACGAAUCUUCGUAUUUAUUAUAACGCAUCCAGAGGAAUGGUUCGUUAGUUAAAAUGAAAAAAGUAAAAAAAAAAAAAAAAAAAAACGAAAAAAAAAAGAGGAAGAAGGAAGGGGAGGAGGAGGAAGAAGGAAGGGAAGAGGAAGUAAAAUAAAAUAAAAAGUAUUAAAUUAUAAUAUCAUUACAAGAAGCUUAAAAUAUCGACCAUCCACAAGGAUAAAAGUAUUCACAUGUAUUCCCCGGUUAAUCGAUAUAGUGAAUAAUAGCGUUUUACUUUUGAAUGUGUUCCGCUUCAAGUGAAAGGGCUCUCUUUCUUUACGUCUAAUCUUACUGGAGGGCAGGAUAGUCGUUUUUAAAUGGAGAAAAAAAAAUAAAUAAAUAAAUAAUAAUAUGCGGAAAAAAAGUAAUAAUAAUUAUAAAUAAUAACUGCAGAAUAGAGCGUGCGCGCGACCGAUCGACAUUGUUCUCUCUCGACGAUUUUUCCUUCCUUGCCGUAAUAAACGAUACUGUAGGCGAAACUAAACCCAUCCCAAAAAAAAAAAAAAAAAGUAAUAAUGGUACGACACGAUUUCUUAAAUAUCUCUCAGCUCGAGUAUAAUUAAAGAUGAGAAACAUAUACACACAGUAUACACACACACAGACACACCGUAUGAUCGCCAAUAAAGGGAACGAAACGAAAUAAUGGGAUAUAUAUAUAUACAACACGUAUACACGCACAUAGAUACAUAAUAAACAUAAAACGCGUCAUUCAUGCAUACAGAUACACACAGACACACACAUACUUCGAUACCCCGCCGUUGUAAUGGGCUAACUCACAUACGAUUAAUUAUUAAACCACGAGAUCCUUGCAAGGAGCGUAGCUAGAAGCGCGAAAGGGUAGCGAGUGUACAUAAUUAAGGCGACAUCUAGGGACUGCAAUAUCGUAAGAAUCUAAAAAAAAAAGAAAAAAAAAAGAAAAAAAAAAAGAGAAAAAAAUGAUACGUUCAACUAACUAAAUCGUGAUCGUGAUAGCUAUGAAAUAGUUACACGAGGACAAUGACGCGACGACGACAGACAGGAUAAUUAUGUAAUACGGACGGACGAAACACUAUUAGCACGGUGAAAAAGAUGACGAGAAAAAAAAAAAUAAAAAUAAAAAUAAAAGCGUUAAGGGGUUGGAGGGGUUGAAAAAAUGAAAAAAAAUAAAUUUGUAAGGGUAAACGCGUACGUUUAAGGUAUUUUACUCUCUAGGAUACGAUUAAAGAUACGAGCAAAGUGAUCUGUUCCUAAACGAAGCAUACAAAAAGAUGGAGGCGAGUAGAAAAUACGGAGAAUGGAGAAUAGUGCAAAAAAAGAGGGAGAGAGAGAGAGAGGUGGAAAAAUGUAUUAUAGAAACGAAUGGAAUGGUGUACGGUUAAGGGGUGAAUUGGGGACGAUGGAGGGACGAUUCAAAAUUCAAAAUUUUGAUUAAUGGGGGACGUGUAUGUUGUAUUUUUUUUUUUUUUUUUUUUUUUUUUUUUAUAGGAAGAUAGUGACGGAGUGCGGUGGGACAAAAAGAGAAAAAGAGAAAAGAAUGAUAACGUUUGUACAGAGAUAUUCCGGUUAUUAAAUUUUGUUAUACGAGGAAAAAAAAAAUGGGGGAGAAUGGCGCGGUGGAUGUUGACGAGAGAAUAAAUUAAAAAGAAAAAAAAAAAAUAAAAUUACAAACGAGAGAGAGUGAGGGAGAGUGUGAACGAGAGAAAUACUAUUGACGAGAGAGAGAAAACAAAUUUACGAAUCAUGUGUAUUUUCUUCGUGAAAAAAAAAAAAAAUUGAUAUUCAAUAGGUCAUUACGGAAAUAUAAACAUGAGUAUUAAAGAAAAAAAAAAAAACGUGAACUGUAUUCGUGAGUGUCAUAUUUCUAAGGAAGAUAGAUCCACGGGCGAAUGUUUUAUAGCAGUUUCCGGCCGAAUUUUCACAUUUCAGGUUCAGAAUUCAAGAAUGAAAGAAAAAAAAAAAAAAGAAAAAAAAAAAGAAAAAAGAAAGAAAGAAAAAACACACAUCCACACGAUAUAUUAGCUGUACUAGAAAUAAAAUAAAUAAACACCGAAUUGUGUUUUCAGGAAAAAUAAGUUGUUUAAACAAAGAUAUAUAAAUCAAAGGUAAGAAAUAAAAAAACUAAAAAAGAGAAAAAAAAAGUUCGUGGCACGAAUGAAAAGAGGAAACUGCUUUUGAAACAUUGCCCAGCGAAACCAAAGUUCCUACUACGUUUUAUAAAGUAUAUAACUGAACUGCAAAACUUGAAUUGUACAUAAACGAGGGUUAAGCUAGCACACGAUCCACAAAUACAAUCAGCAAUCGAACGACGCUAAGAGACAAGAGGGAUGCAGGGUCAAUUGAUUCCACGUCACGAUUCGUUAUUAUUAAUUUAUUAUUAAUAUAAAAUUUCAACAAAUUCGAGAAGAUUACACGUAACACGUCCACGCGAUUCAUUCGAGUGGAGGAAAGAAAAAAAAAUAAUAAUAAUAAUAAUAAUCUUGUAAUAAACCAUCGUCUUCGCAAUUUAAAAGACGGGGGACAAUUGAUCGUGACAGCACAAUAAAUGAUGAGCAUAACGGAACACGCUACGAGAGAGGAAAACGCGUUAAUAUACAUACAUAAGCCACAUAACAGAUACACACACACACACACAUACACGUACACGUACAUAUACAAUUUAAUACGAGGCACAUUCACAGAUAUACGCAUAUAUACAUACAUUAUUAUACACGUACACGUAUACAUGAGACACACGCGUACAGUGAAAAAAAGGAAAUUAAAACACAUUAAGUAUACAAUUAAAUUAAGCAGCCGUAGCCUUUAGCUUGAAUGUUAGCACCUAGACACACGAUGUAACAUUAAACUACGUAUUUAAAAGGAAAAAAAUUAAAAAAAAAAAAA